GCAUAUUAUUAACAUGUAAUUAUUUGAGGUGUUUAGAUAUUGAUCCUGUAUUUCGGGUUGGUUAAACUCGCGCCUUGCACGUAUCUUUCGCUCCGAACUAGAGGUAAACACACCAGGUGGAUCCGAGAACAUGCCGAAAAGAAAGUCUCCAGAGGGUGCCGAAGGCAAAGAUGCCACUAAAGUGACGAAGCAGGAGCCGACAAGACGCUCCCAAAGGUUGUCUGCAAAACCAGCUCCACCCAAACCUGAGGAGAAGCCCAAGAAGACUGCUGUCAAGAAGUCGGUAGAUGACAAGGUGGCCAAGGGCAAGAAAGGAGCAAAGGGAAAGAAGGAAGAAAAGCCCCAGGAAGUGCCUGCAGAGAAUGGCGAGGCCAAGAAUGACGAGGAAACUGAGGCUGCUGCAGUGCCCCCUGAAGCAAAGGACUGAGCGAAGCAUCGUGGAUGAACUUUUAGUUGAUUUUCUGCACCUCUUGUACAAUGGGAAAGAAGGAUAUUUUUAUUGAGUAUUUUGUAAAUGCAAAUGUUUUUAGACUUUACUGUGGUAGUGCAAGUAACCCUGUCACUCCUGUCUAUUCGUCAAGCUCUCCCUUUCCAUCAGCCUCUUGCCACUGUCCCCCAUGCAGGAAACAGCACAGCAGCUUGUGGGGAGAAGGGUUUUAAAAAUGGCUGCAAAUCAGCCCAGCUUGGACAUCUGCAUGGGUCCAACAGCAGGGUUCAGCACCAACCUGCGGUCCCUGCACCAAACCGCAGCAGUACGGGUUGAUCAUACGACGUUUCUGUGAGACGUACGUCUUUUUGGAGAGAAGCAUCUGCUAAAUGAAUAAAUGUACAUGUAAACGUCAGACCCAGGAGUUGUAAUGCAGAUGCACUAGAUGCCGUGUCUACCUGUCUGCACACCGAUGACCUACUGAGAUUUUGCAGCCAUUUUUAUGCACAUGACUGUGGUUUCCAUCAAUAUUCUGCUGUAAUUUGGUUUCACUCUUCUUUGUAGAACUUGUUGGGACUUUUUUUUUUUUAAUUUUUUUUUUUUUUUUUAAAUUCUUAUGACGACUAUUUUAAUCUUGGCAGUUUUCGUAGCAAUAACGAGUGGUGCUUUUACUAAAAGUUUCUGUGCUGCGCAUAUUGUGAGAAUUUGCGGCCUGUUUGAGGUUUAUUCUGUGGAACUAUUUUAAA